UCUAUUGUCAUGUUUCUAACUUGUUUCAAUGCUCUAAAUACUUAGGUACCUCUGUGUUCCUUCCUCAUUUGGUUAUGUGUACCAAACGAUUAGACAAUAAAAAGAUAAAAUGUGAAGUUACAAUAUAAGAAAAAUACCAACUGGUACUGGUGCUAAAGCUUUCAUCAACGAAUCACCAUGGCAGCUACAUAUUUAACAGAAGAUUUUGUAGAGAAGAGACUUCGUGCCUUAAAAUCCUUACAAGAUGGUUGGGCUGUGGAUCAAUACGGAACAGGAAAGUUCUACGAACUUGACCUCAAAAUGUGUCAAAUUAAAGAUUUAAGCUAUAGCUUUGAAUGGGGAAAAGAGAGGGGAAUUACUUCAAGAACAAGAAAGUUGACAGAAGUUCCUUCAAAAAUAUUGGUCUUAGAUAUAUCAUUAAAUGAAUUAAUAGCUUUGCCUGCAGAAGGUUUAAUGCCUUUUAAAAAUCUAAGAGCUUUAGAUGCUUCUCUUAAUCAAAUAACUAGCUUCCAAGGAAUUGAAGUAUUACCUAUGCUAUAUAGUUUAAAUUUAUCUCAUAAUCUGAUACGAAAUGUUGCUGGAUUAAUUAAUAGUGGAUCAUUAGUAGAGCUGAAUCUUAGUAUGAACAAUAUUACUGAUUUAUCGAGAAUGCCAAGCAUGAUCAAUCUUAGAGUACUCAAUAUCAACAAUAAUGAUAUCACUUCUCUUGAUGGUGUAUCUUCAUUACCGAAAUUAAAAGAAUUGUAUGCACAGAGAAACAAUUUGGUCAGUAUUCUACAUUUAACAAGUUGUUUUAAUUUACAAGUAUUAAAUGUAGCUGAUAAUAGAAUACAUCAAAUGGAAGGUGUUACAGAUGUUUUAUCAAGAUUAAGCCACUUACAAGCUCUCUGUUUACAUGGUAAUCCAAUUGAAAGAUCAUAUGAUUAUCAAAGUGGAAUAUUAUCAUGUAGUAGUGUUAUGACUUUAGAUAAUAUCUCAGUUAGACCCCUAGCAAGGAAACAGGUUCCCAUGAGAGAUCCCCAUUCUGAGAAUAUUUCUAGUUUACAAGAGGCAGCAAGACAAGCUUUUGAUGAGAGAAUCCGAGCUACAAGAAGCAAAGUUGAUGAAAAGAUCAGAUUCUUACAAAAGAGAAUAAUAGCAAUACAAGAUGAACAAAAGAAUUUUGAAGCAAAAAUGAAAACUGAUUUAGAUGGUUGUUUAAGAUAUUUAGGAACACUGACUGAUGGAGAAGUUGAAAAAGUUAAAGAUAAAGAUACAUUUUCCACUGAAUUUCCUACAGCAAGAGAUGGGAUGAGAACAUAUCGUAGCAACUAUAAAAGAGAUAAAAAUGACUAUACUGGUGUUAAAGAUACAGAUGAGGUUUUAAGAUGUGCCUACAAUGAAUUAUCAGGUGAACAGUCUACUAAUUGGGAAGAUAUCUAAAUGAAUAUAAUUAUGUUAACUUC